AUGUCAAAAGAAGACUUGGAGAGUGAAGUAGUUGAAAAAAACACCUACUGCUUCGAAGAUAAUGAAUACUGCAAAUUAGCUUUAGAUGACUCUAAUCAGCUUUUACCUUACAAAGAAAAGAUUUCUAAGAAGUGGGUCCUCACUGUCAUCUUUAGUAUUAUUCUAUCAUUGUUUUCGUUUUGCUUAUAUUUGUUUGUUAGAUACAGCUAUUCAAACGAUUCCGUCAAAUCCUUUGGACAUAAUGUAGAUGAAUGGGUGACAAUGACUGCAAUUGAUGGUGAACCUAUGCAAGUAAUCGAAAACAAUUUUGAAAGGAUUCCUUUGGAGGCAAAAGUCAUGAAUACUACGGUCUACGAGAAACAGAAAUUAGUAAAUGGUUUGAGUGCUACUUUCUCCAAGUUUGAAGACUUCGAAUUUGACUCUGUUUUUUUGACAUUGAACUUCACCAACAAUGAUAACGAUACCGAAAAUGUCAAUGUAAUUGAGAUCUCCAUCGAUGGUCAUCCAGUAUGGAGAACUUCCCCACCACUUUCUAAGGUAGGCACCACAACCUACUCAAGCACCAGUAAAGACAUUUCCAAGUACAUUUCACUCUUUGGUAAAAGUUCCAACCAAUUCAAAGUGCAAAUCUUGGAAGGGAGUCAUGACAAAAUCAGCUUUGCUCUUGCUCUUACAUUAGCGAACUGCGGAAAAGAAAAGCCUGUUAUAGGUUCUCCAAUCACAGUGAGUUCGCUUUUCAAUUCAACUGAGCCUGCAAACGAUAUAAUAGCAUUGACCAAAUCAAAUGGAGAAGUGUUUGACUUCUCGAAGAACGACAAGUUCUUAGUUGAAUUACCAAAGUUCAGUGGAAAGACAUUUGCUGCAAAGCUAGAAUUAUUUGUCUCUGCUGGAAAGUCUGACGUUGAAUUUUUCAUUCUUAAUAGAAAUUCUCCGUUUCGUCUUUUGAACAUUUUCAUUAAUGAACAACUAAUUGCUACUAUCUCACCAAACCCUAUUUUGUUUCACUCGAACUCUAUCAUUCCCAGCGCGUACUCUGGGCCUAUUGCUCCUUUUGGUAGUUUUACCGGAUUUAGCUAUGAAGUAAAUUUGGCCAACGUUUUGCCAAUUUUGUGGGGUCAGAAAUCCACCUUAGAAGUUCAACUUGUUUCUCCUGUCAACGAUAUGUUCCCCUUGGAGAUUGAAAACGUAUUUUCCCAAAAGGAUAAUUAUGGUGUCAACGAUUUUAGAUUUUCAUCCCCUGCAAAGCCAAUAAUGAAGGGCGACAAUCAAGCCAAUACAGAAUGGUACGUGUCUGGCAAUAUCUUUCUGUGGGAAAACAAAGACAUUUUGACUUCUCAAGGUGAGAUAUUAGGGUCUGGAAUAACCGAAACUUAUAGUAGUAGUUUACGAUAUGACCCUCGCAAAAUUGCUACUAAAAUUUUAACUGUUUCAGACGAUUUUUAUUCUUCCCAUUCGUCGACUCUUCGAUUUUCUUUAAGGAACCAAACUCUGUUAAACUUCACUGUAAAUCAAAAGGGUUCUACUAAGAGUUAUUUAACUGAGCACCAGAUUAAUGGCAAAAUUUCACUUGAUGUCGUUGGUCACAAACUGAGUAUGUUUGGCCACAUGUAUACAUACUUAAUUGUUCUUGACGGAAAUGCCACUAACGAGUUAUUACACGAAUAUCGUUUCUUUUCAUGGUCCAUAAUAAAUGAGGUCAUUAUAUCUGGUGAAGAUGCUGGAUGCUUAAAUUCAGCUAAAAUCUACUCCGGCGCCAAAGUGGGUAAAGUUACCAAUCGCCUAUGCGAGUCUGAGUCAACCAAAGCAUUCGACUCAUAUUCAAUGGACAAUAGCAUAGUCAAGCUGAGGUUUGAAUCUUUCCGUGAUUCUGAAAGGCAUUCAAGAUUAUUCACAUUCCAGCCUAACAAAAGCCAAAUGUUCUGA